AUGAGUACUAAGUUCGCCCUGUGUUUUGGCACAGUGAGCAUUAACCCUGUGUUUCGGCGCAGGGAGAGGAGGGAGCGCCAUCGCUCUAAGAGCAGAGAUGGCAGCAGCAGCAGAGGGGACAAAUCCGUCACCAUCCAGGCCCCCGGAGAGCCCCUCCUGGACAACGAGAGUACCCGUGGGGACGACAGGGAUGAUAACUGGGGCGAGACCACCACGGUGGUGACGGGCACGUCCGAGCACAGCGUCUCCAACGAGGACCUGACGCGCGUCUCCAAGGAGCUGGAGGAGUCGUCGCCGCUGGAGUGCCGUCGGUGGGCGGGGCCCGCGGUCAGCGGGUGCCUGGGCCUGUUCGCCAUGGCGACGCCGCUGGCCUUCCUCCUGCUGCCGCAGCUGCUGUGGCGGGACCGGCUGGAGCCCUGCGGGACGCCCUGCGAGGGGCUCUACGUGUCCCUGGCCUUCAAGCUGCUGGUGCUGCUCAUCUCGUCCUGGGCGCUGUUCCUGCGGCCGCCCCGCGCCACCCUGCCGCGCCUCUUCGUCUUCCGCGCGCUGCUCAUGGUGCUGGUCUUCCUCUUCGUGGCGUCCUACUGGCUGUUCUACGGCGUGCGCGUGCUGGAGCCGCGGGAGCGGGACUACCGCGGCAUCGUGGAGUACGCCGCCUCGCUGGUGGACGCGCUGCUCUUCAUCCAGUACCUGGCGCUGGUGCUGCUGGAGGUGCGCCACCUGCAGCCCGCCUUCUGCCUCAAGGUGGUGCGCUCCACCGACGGCGCCAGCCGCUUCUACAACCUGGGACACCUCAGCAUACAGAGAGCUGCAGUGUGGGUUCUUGAGCAGUACUACAGUGAUUUCCCUGUCUACAACCCGGCCCUGCUUAACCUGCCCAAGUCCAUCCUCUCCAAAAAGAUGUCUGGCUUCAAGGUCUAUUCCCUUGGAGAAGAGAACAGCACCAAUAACUCCACGGCCCAGUCUCGGGCAAUGAUAGCGGCUGCCGCUCGUCGCCGUGACAACUCCCAUAACGAGCUGUACUACGAGGAGGCCGAGAUGGAGCGCCGAAUUCGUAAACGCAAGGCCAGACUGGUGGUGGCAGUAGAGGAGGCCUUCACGCACAUUAAGCGGCUGCAGGAGGACGAGCCGGCGGCGUCGUCGCCCAAGAGCGCGCGGGAGAUCAUGGACCCGCGGGAGGCGGCUCAGGCCAUAUUCGCGCCCAUGGCCCGUGCCAUGCAGAAGUACCUGCGCACCACCCGGCAGCAGCCCUACCACAGCAUGGAGAGCAUCCUCACACACCUGCAGUUCUGCAUCACGCACAACAUGACGCCCAAGGCGUUUCUGGAGCGUUACCUGAGCCCAGGCCCGACGCUGCAGUACCAGAAGGAGAACAGCAGGGGGCGAGAGUGGACGCUGGUGAGCGAGGAGCCGGUGACCUCCGCCCUCCGGCAGGGCCUGGUCUUCUCCCUGCGCCGCCUGGACUUCGCCCUGGUCGUCACGGUGAUGCCCAUCCCCUUCCUGCGUCUAGGGGAGGAGUUCAUUGACCCCAAGAGCCACAAGUUUGUGAUGCGGCUGCAGUCGGAGACUUCCGUGUGAUGCAAUUCGCUGACCUCACCGGCGGCUGUUUCCUGACACGCGGUAGCUCCCCACCCUUCUCUCCAGAAACCAUACAGAACUCAGUGCUAGCUGCACAAAAGUGUAACACCAGCUCAUUGACCAGCCUAGUAGGAACAUCAGCAUAUUAACCAGUAGUCUGGACCCGUCAGCAAUGGGUAACUAUUGACCAAUCACUGGCCUGCUUUCCUUAUGGUUGUUGGAGGACCAGGCAGGUCUCGUUCUGGGGACCCAGUGAAGGGACACGUCCCCCAUCCCCAAGCCAUGCCCAACCUUUAAUCCUUACUCCCCUUACCCCCCCCCCCCCCCCCCAAAAAAAAAAACAUGCCCACCUCCCUGUCUGUCAUCUGUGCAUAUUACUGACAGCCUGCGCCUUAAUCACAUUCAAACCGUGUUGCCAAAUCCUGGCCCCUCUGCUGACAGGCAGGUGUAUGAAGGCUCUUUACUGUGUUUUUAAAAAUUUUUUAUUCAACUGCCAAAUUGGGGUCCACGGAAGGAGGUGGUUUUUACAGACACUGCAGGACUGGGUAGAUGUUCUGCGAAUGUUUUCUUGACUUGUUUGGGAGAUGUGUAGAGGUAACCCACACAGGCGGGUGUGUAGAUUGGAGACCUUCAUGGCGUAGUGCGUGCAGAACCGUGCAUGUGUGUGUAGAUGUAAAUGUUAGUCACGCCAUCGGCGGAUGAAGACCUGGUUUUUCUGCAUGGACGCAUGAUGGGGUACUUCCCUCCAACUUCCUGCCAAAUUGAGCACCAUUCCAAGAUGCCUCGUAUGAAUGGCCACUUGACCAUUUCACAGCUGGUCACUUGAUGUCCACAUCCAUUUUAAGGGCUAGCAACUCGGUACCCUGAAAUACACACAGCUGGACCCCAUGAGAACCCAGACCUCGCUGCCUGGCUGAUUCACUUGUUUAUAGUCACUGACUGGCUGAUUCACUCACUACUGACUGACUGUUUGACGGAUUCGCUCACUUACAGCCGUGGACUGACUGACUGAUUCGUUUAUUAACAGCCACUGACUCUGCGUAUUUACUCAUAACCACUGACUGAUUCGCUCACUGUGUGACUUACUUACUGCUGGACACACUCACUUGGUUGAUUAACUGACUCAUUUCAUUGUUUGGUCACUGAGCUUCCUGGUUCCUCUUACCUUGAAUGUAAUCGCUAGGGAUGGUUUUACUGGCUGACUCCACGCCGUGGCCACAGACCAGAGGCUCGACCAGAGUGCGUCACAGGAAAGUGGCCGCUAACUUUGAGUGUUGGGCUGAGCUGGGCUGAGCUGGGCUGAGCCGGGCUUGGCCGGGCUUGGCCGGGCUGAGCCGGGCUGGGCUGGGCCGGGCCGGGCUGGACUGGGCCGAGCCGGGCUGGACUGGGCUGAGCCAGGCUGGACUGGGCUGAGCCGGGCUGGGCUGGACUGGACUGGGCUGGGCUGAGCCGG